GCCGGCAGGAAUCGAGAUCCCGCCGGUGUCCGACCUGGCGGGGCGCAGGCCCGGCCGCGUCCUCGCUGUGGCUCCCGGGCAGGGAAGCCCGGCGGGGCGGGGCUGGGGGGCCGGUGGCUGAGAGCCGCGGCCGGGCCGUCCUGGGGGCCUGGAAGCAGGCUCGGGGCACCGGUGGACUCGACAGUCGGUGGGGGCCCGCGGCAGCGCUCCUCUGCGCGGCCGGGAAAGGCCCGGCGUGUGUCGGGUGUCCCAGGAGGAAGGACUGUGCCCCAGGACCAGUGGGGGCUUGCCUCUGCCCGGCAGGGCCGCUCCAGUGUCAGCUGGACAGCUGAACAGUCCUGGGGGACUCCUGGGACUGAGACAACCACACCUUUGCCACUGAGGACCUUCAUCAGGGCUCCGCCCACCCAGCACUCAGCGUCCACCACAGGCACCCACCCAGCGGAUGGGGAGGUGAGAAGAGGGCUUUGCAAAGGUGUGGUGUGGCCCUGGGCCCACAUGGCUGAGGCAGGGACAGGAGAGCCAUCCCCUGGCUUGGAGGGCAAGCAGGGGACAGAGUACGACACCCUGCCUUCGGACGCGGCCUCCCUCAGUGACUCGGACUCCGACCUCAGCCUGCCCGGUGGUGCUGAGGUGGAGGCGCUGUCCCCGGGGCGGCUGCCUGGGGAGGCCCAGGAGGAUUCGGGCCCCGACGAGCCCUCCUCGCCUCCCAGGGCCGCGGUGCAGCCGUUCCACCUGCGAGGCAUGAGCUCCACUUUCUCCCAGCGGAGCCACGACAUCUUUGACUGCCUGGAGGGGGCAGCCAGGCGGGCUCCACCCUCUGUGGCCCACGCCAGCGGGCGUGGCAACAGGAGCUUCCGGCAGCCCCUGGCACCCUCGAGCCAGCCUUCAGCGGGAGGCCUGAGCAGGGCCCCUCGGAGCCCUGCCCCCCCGAAGGUGCCCCCUGUCCCCGAUUACGUGGCACACCCUGAGCGCUGGACCAAGUACAGCCUGGGGGACGUGGCCGAGGCCAGCGAGCAGGACAAUCGGGCGGCUGCCCUGGCGUUCCUGGGCUCCCGGAGCCUCGCUGACCCCACUCACUUCGUGCCCUCCUUCAACCAGGACCCCUCCAGCUGCGGGGAGGGGAGAGUCGUCUUCACCAAACCGGCCCGAGGUGGCGAGGCCAGACCCGAGAGGAAGAGGGUCCUGAGGAAGGGCGGGGAGCCAGGCAAGGGCCCCAGCACUGCCGGUGGGGAGGGCCCUGUGGAGCUGGCACACCUGGCCAGGCCCGGGAGCCCUGAGGCUGAGGAGUGGAACAGCCCCCUUGGGGGCCUGCAGGAAGUGGGACCACCGUCAGGGGCUGUCCAUAGUGGGUCCACGCCAGGCCCCCCGAUGGUGGAGACUGUUGGUUUCCAUGGCAGCAAGAAGCGGAGUAGAGACCAUUUCCGGAGUAAGGGCAGCAGCCCCGAGGGCCCGGGUGCUGACGUCUGAGCAGACUCUGGCCACUGGGUCCUCCUGCCCUCCCAGCCAGGCUGCCUACAGGGCUGGCAUCAGAGGGAUGCCCCGGCCUCUGCCCAUCUGGAGUGGAAGGACCAUCCCCCUGAGGAGGAAGCUGGGGGCAGCCUGUAGUGGUGGCAGCAGCCCUGGCUGGAGCUCUGGGAACCUAUCUCCACUGGAGCAGAGAUUUGCUGGGGUCCUUGGGCGUGUGGGCUGGGGACACUGGGAGCCCUUGCUGUCCACUGGGGCACAAUAAAGGUUUUAGAUCUUU